AUGGCUUCUUUUCCUGCUGCUCCGUCCAUGGCCCGCUCUGUCCGCGCCGCGGCGCAACCCGGAUUGAAAGACACGCAGAGGUCUUCCUAUCUCAUGCAGUUCUAUAUCAUUCAACUGCAUAAUUAUGCCAAUGAGCAGGCGUCAAUCUCGAAGCGUAGCCUCGCUUGCAUCAAGCUACACGAAAUCACAAUCUCCCAACUCACUGGUCUCGUGAAAAAGCCUAACAUCUCCAAGGACGAUAUCAGCAAGCUUCUCCAGAUACAUCGGGCCCAACUUACUGCGGCCCGGAAGGAGCAACAGGCUGCCUCCUCGAACGAGAGUCGAGCAAGGGCCCUAAUAUCAACCCACAUCACAAAAAACUCCAAAAUCCGCACCGACAUCCCUGCCGCCACGGUCUUCGGCAGCCUGGUGGACGAUCUAGACACCGUCGUCUAUGUCCUCGACGAGGCCCUGCCUUCCCUCAGCCUGCAAACGAGAGAAAACGAUCGAUUGCGCUAUAUUCUCGCUUCAAAGAACAUGGAAAUUACCGGACUUGAAGAGCACAUUGCACACCUCAAGCCCAACCAUCAGGGGUUGACCGUCAUUGUCUUCGAGCAAGUCAAGGUCCGCAAGGAGAAGAGAAUUGUGGUUGGUGGGCAGGACGAGGACGAUGACGAGAUGACUGAUGACGAAGAAUUGAUUCACCUGGAUGAGGAUUGGUCGAAACAUGUCACCGGCGUAUGA